AUGGACCCGUUAUCCAUUACCACUGCCUGCGUGGCGCUUCUAGCAGCCGUUAGCAAGACGACGUUGGCCGUCACCGACUUCGUCCGCGACUGUCGCGAAGCGCGGUCUGACCUGGCAGCCAUAACCGGCGAGCUCUCCCAGUUACAUCUCGUACUCGAACUACUCAAAGACGACGCUGCUGUGAGCGACGAUCGAAUCAUACCUGAAUCACUCCAGGUCCAAAUCCUGUCCAUCAUUGAGAAUUGCUCCGCUGUCGUUGUCAAGAUCAACACAGUACUCCAGAGUCACGCUGGCAGGGCUGGGGUAAUAAAAUGGACACCCAGUCAUAUUCCGCAAAUCAUUGAGGAGUUAACGAGAUUACGGGCUAUUAUUGCUGCUGGCGAAAUCCUGCCGGCUACCAGCGGUCAGAACUAUGUCCUUCAGCAGUAUCUCGACGGCCUGACUUCGUAUGCGGAGACGGUCUGCAACGAUGUUGUAUGGGACUCGGACAGCAGUGUCCACGCAAUUUCCCGUACGUCGAGCCGCGAAGACAUGACUAGUAUGCCGUCGGCAUCGGACACUCAGCGGGGAGGCAACAACAGUUUCAUCAGACUGCCGACCAAAUCCAGCAGCGACGAGGCCAUCCCGCAGGUCGUUGCUGUAGAUGCUACUCCGACUACCGAGGCCGGUGCUUUCACCCAUGUAUCUGACAGUGGCGAACCAGCUUCGGUAGCAGAGUCCAUCUCCUUAGCACAACACUUUGAGAGUCCAUGUAUGGAAGAAGAGCAGACGCAGUCGGCAUUAGACUCAGCAGCCUUCCGGGAUCCAAGCUCUAUAGCAGCUACCAAAACCAAACCUCCCAACCCUCCAAACGUGGAACAGCAGGUGACGAUUUUUCGACAAGGCCGGCUAGACGACGUAACAAAAUCAGGAAGCCCUCUGUCCUCUUUGAGGGCAACUACAUCUUUCACUAAAUCCGAAUUGAAAAGCGACACCCAGGAUGGGGCCAAAGUGGUACCUAUAGCUGAAUCUACGCAAACCCUUCGGGCCAGCUCUCAGGCUAAGAUCCUGAAGAAACUGCUAAUUGUCGGUGACUCUGCCUGUGGAAAAUCGGUCCUUCUUUCUGCUUUUUUAACGGGCAUCUUCAAAGAGUUAUGCAUCCCGACCGUGUUUGAGAACUACGUUGCCGACGUAGAGGUCGAUGGGAAGCAUGUCGAGCUUGCUCUUUGGGACACUAGUGGUAUAAGCGACUAUGAUCCUUUACGGAGGCUUGUCUAUCCUGACUCGGACAUCGUACUAAUAUGCUUUGCGAUCGACUACCCUGACUCGCUACAUAACAUACAAGAAAAGUGGAUCGGUGAAGUUAUGCACUUUUGCCCAGACGUUCCUUAUUUUCUCGUUGGGCUAAAGAAGGAGCUUCGCAAUGAUGUAAAAACGAUUGAGGAUCUCAAGGCAACCAACCAGCAGCCAGUAAGCUGGGAAGAGGGACAAGAGGUCGCACGAAAAAUCGCAGCGGUUGAAUAUUUUGAAUGCUCUGUAAAAACAGGGGAGGGUGAAGACAAGGAAUAG